AUGCACCAUAUCCGUAACGCCUUUAGCUCUAUAACUUCCUGUUCGCGCACCAGAUCCUCGGCUUUUCCUACAAUUUACGCCAGUCUACGGGCUUCAUUAACUCCCGAGCUAAUGGCUCAGAUAUACAGAGGUGCUUUGGAAGUCUGCUUUUCAAAUUCUUCUUUAGUACUAAGUAGAGGAAACUGUGAAAGUAAUAGCCAAUCGAUUUCUGGACAUUAUACUCUCAGCCCUUCAAACCUGGACUGGCUGCGACAGUUGUUUGCUCCAGCUAGCUUGCCAAGCUUUCUGGUCCCAUGCUCACAUGUAUUUGUUAACUUAUGUAAUGCUAGUCAAGUUAAACGUCGUCGAGCCGAGCUUCAUGACGAAAAUGUAUCCGAGAUUCUUUCAGGCCACCAGACCAUAGUCUGUCCAGUCUGUCGAUCACAGCCAUCUACCACUGCGGCAGACGACAGUCGCUCUGAAUGUCGCCCAAUCGGCAAGCGUAGCUAUACCUCUUCAUUUCCAGAAUAUUGUCGCUUUCAUCUGGUCAACAGGGAACAAGUAUGCUGGAGUCGUGCUAGCCUUCUAGAUGGUUCUCAUACCCGAUCCCAUUUUUCGUACAAAGACGAUGAGAGUAGCAAUAAGACACUUGCGCCUUUAGAGCGCAUAUACCACCAUGAAGAAGGACAAAGCCAUUCGACGCAAGAAGAUUUGGAACCAGAGAAUGCAAAGGGAGAAAACGAUGAUGAAGAUGAAGAGGAUGAUGAAUUUGAUGAAUAUUCGGAUAUGAUUAUCACCUCGACACUCUGGCCCUGUGACAGUAAUGAGGUUGAAUUUGAAGACACUAAGCCUUUGGAACAAAGGCAUUUUCGAAUUCCCUUGUCUCCUACAUAUACUGAUGAAUGGCGUGACUUUUUCAUCAUCAAGCUGAAUGAGUAA